AUGGCUCCGCCGAAGCAUCAAACGGUGCUUCGCGUGGACGCCGAGUCUGGAUACUUUGAGUUUGCUGGGAGUACGAUGGAAGGCGGCUCCGGAUGGACCGAAUCACUGGAAAAGGAUUUCGACAAGGCGUUCGUUUCCCUGGAUUUGCUUCUUGGAGAAAUCGAUUCAGAUCAGGUUGAGAUCACCUACGAAGGCCGACAAAAAAUGACGUCGCUGAGCGCGUGUUUCGCCCAAAUGAUGCACAAAUGUCAGUUUAUGAUGCACACAAUCAGUAAACAGGAAAAGGAAAUGUCAGCAAUGCGAAACGAAGUCGUGGAGGCUCGAGCAUCUCGACAAAGCAUGGAAAAAGAAGUUGAGCAAUUGAUGAUCCAGGUGCAUUCCCUACAGUGUCAAUUGCACUCAAAAACCGCGCCUCAUGAGUCAGAUAUGAUUAAAAAGAAAUUGGAAACUCAACUUUCCACAUUUCGCUCGGAGCUUACGCAAGGGUUGAGCACGGUUUGUGAGCUUGAGAUUGCUAGAAAAGAUGCGGAGAGAUCCAAAAAAACGAUUCAAGCUUUGGAAACUGAAGUUUUUGGAGCAAGACUUGCCGCGAAGUAUUUGGACAAAGAGCUCGCGGGACGGAUACAACAGAUUCAGUUAUUGGGGCGGAAUAUGCGAGGUGUGGAGCACGACAGACUUUGGAAUCAACUGGAAGCCGAGAUUCAUUUGCACAGGCAUAAGACAGUGAUCCGAGCAAUCCAACAGAAAUUUUUAAAAAAUGUUCAGUUUUUUUUGCAUUCCAGAACUUUCACAUUCCCACUAAAUCCACUUCUUUCGUCUUCCUCUUUUACUAAUUCCAAAAACUCCGAAAAAAAUUCUCCCCAAUUUUACAGAGGACGGGGUAACACCAAGGGAUUAGCGGCGCCACUUCGUCACAGCUUCAAGAGUCUUCGAAAACGAAAUGGAGUGGGAAAGAGUCGAAAAGUGGUGCUCUCGAAACAUCCGCACGAGGGUUUGGGCAUCUCAAUUACGGGCGGCUCCGAACACGCACUUCCCAUUGUGAUAUCUGAAAUUCAGCCGGGACAACCGGCUGAUCGAUGUGGACAAGUUUUCGUUGGGGAUGCUAUAUUGUCAGUGAAUGGUUAUGAUUUGAGGACCGUCAAACAUCAGGAGGCAGUUGAUAUUUUGAGUGGACAGGUGCAGCAGGGAGAUUUAGACCUGGAAUUGGUGUUCGUUUGCCCUGACGAGGAUAGUGAUGAUGAUGGUACAGUAACCAUCGAACACAGUGAUGGAUCCAUUUACAAUCUCUACAGUAUGGAUGAGCCAACGUCCUCUCAAAUGACGUGUCAACAGUCGAUCAAUCGUAUCAGUGCACUGUUCAAUGGAGCAAUGACCCGAGCAUUGGCUUCAGAAGAUAAGGAUGAUUGGAUUACGCAUUUGAAGACGAUUUCCAAUUGUUUCACGAAGGUAAAGGAUACAGUAAUCUUUGAAAAUAUUCGGUUUUUCAAAAACUGGGUGUGCACAAUUGCAAUCACUGAGGAAUCGGAAAAGAAUACUGUAAUUGAAGAGAAUCGAGAAUCUAAAGAAAAAUGUAUCGAAUUGGAGGCCAAAGCAAACGCUCAUGAUGACGUCAUCGCUCAAUAUCAUCUUCUUCUGAAUGCCGAUCAUCUCAGAAAAUCCGAUGAAUUUUCGUUGGAAAUGUUUUCGAAAGUUUUUUCGAAAGUGCUCGACGAGGUCCGUUCCAAUAUGGCCCAAAUCCGUGACUACCGUAUGUUCGAGGCAAAAUACAAUGUGGAAAAGCGGAGAAACGAGAGAAUGGCUCUUCAUAUCAAUGAAAUUUCCAAGAAGAAUGUUUUGAAUUUGAUGGCAACCAGAUUUUAUGCUAGGGAGCUCGCCGCAAUGCGACAAAUGAUGGAUUUGGUGCGAAACGCGUCGAGCAUCGAAUCGGCGGUCAAAUCGAAAUUAUGGGAUGAAAUUGAAAAAGAGAAUCAAUUGUUGCGUUUGAAUACAUUGUGGCUCGUUAAUCGCAUCAACUCUUCGGAUCUCACAGGCGCCGCUUUCGAAAAUGGCGAUGAUUGGCAGAGUCCACCUCGUCUAGUGAUUCUGAUGAGAGAGCAUAUCAAUCAGGGAUUAGGAUUGGAAAUCACUGGAGGAUGUGAUCAAUUCCGUCCCGUUGUGGUCACGGGGAAAUUGAAGAGAUCCAUGGCUGAUGAUGAUCAGCUCCAUCUCGACGAUCGGAUUCUGGCUAUUGAUGGGACUUUUGUGACAAAUACUACGACUCAUGCAGAAGUUCAGAAGAUGUUGGAAAACGAGUCCGCCAAAGACUUCAUUGCUCUCAUCGUCUCCUCAUUCGACCCAACCAAAUAUCAAAUUGCUCAUCCACGUCUUCAGAAUAUUCAGAAGACGUCCAGUCCCAAUGAAUCUUCGACCCAUACUUCUACAGUAUCCGCUGAAGAACAUUAA